UUGCUCCGCUAGUCUUUGCUUACCCUACUUCCAUUGAAUGCUGUUGGUGUGAUUUUGGGCAGUGAGGGCGCAGGCCAAGCAGGUGAGCGACGAUGCUGAGCGGCUUGCCAAGGCGAGGGCGCAGGUCUUCGUCGAGAUGGCGGAGAAGCAGAGUAGGAUCGCCGCACUGGAGACUGAGUGCUCAACGCUGAAGCAGACAUUAGAGCUCCUCCAUCAGGAAAUCACAAGCACAUCCACAAAACUCAGUGAGAACAGGUUGUUCUACUCGAAGACAACGGAAGUGUUAACUUCCAAACUACGAGAGCGUCAGGAAUGGCUUGAUUCAUUUAAGAAGAAAAUGGUUGCAAUACCACUUGUUGGGGUAUCUGAGAGCAUACAGAACUGCGUCGAAGGGAAGAGGUGUGAAAUGCUUAACUCAGAAGGGUGCAUAGAUAAGGAAACUGACAUGGGAAGCAAGCAAGGGGAACUCAGGAUUCAAUUGGAGUCAGCUCAACUCAAGACAGAGGAUAUCAAAGCAAAACGAUCACAGAUUCUUUUAGAAAUAAGCAAAAGCAAGCAGAUCCUUGAGCAAGAGAAAAACAUAAUCGCUAGCUUUCCUGCUGCACUACAGGAGAUGAAUAUGAAGUCCUUGGAGGAGGAAUACAAAGCUCUACAGGGUGAUAAAGCUGGAGAAGUUGAGUUCUUCCAGACUCUUGAAGAACGAACCAAUGAAAUGAAGGGGGUUUCGGAUCCUAUUAAAUGCAAUUGUGGACUGGAGUACAAGGUAGAACUAAGCGGGGAAACUAUGAGUAUAAGCUAAACUGUUCUGUAGAUGUCUAGAUGACCACUGGACCACCCUGUUCGCAGCAUGUAGAUGCGUGUCUGCUGUGGGACAGAGCUUGGCAACUUCGUAGGUACUAAACCGUCUGAGAAUUGUGCCGUUUAGAACUACGAGACGAACCAACGAGUGAAAUUUAGUAGCCCGAAGUUUGUGAAAGAGAUAUUUCUGAUGUAGGAACUGAGAACUCCUUUUAGGAGCUUCAUGAGACCAGAUAUUUCAAUUAUAUCUUUUGCAGUUUUUAAACAAUUCUUGUUUCAUUUCGCUACAAGUGUAAACGGGUAUGCUGAUGCCAAGAUCAAGGGCACAUUGCCGGCAAA